AUGCGUCUAUGGAAAAGCAAGGUGCAUUCAGGUAUGGCAUAUGAUCCAGAUAUUGCAUAUAGAACUGACACCUGUGUAGCUUUGGGUUCUAUGACCUAUAAGUGUCAGUGGUGCAACGCUUUGAAGUGGAAAGAUGAGACACUUGGUAUGUGUUGUAGCGCCGGAAAAGUACAACUUGAGAGGUUAAAACAACUACCUGAACCUCUCUAUAGUUUGAUGACGUCAUUUGGUGGUAAACAGGUAACAGCAGACGGUUUCUUACCGACUUUUAAAGUUAAAGGACAGGUCUACCAUUUAAUUGGAAGUAUAUUACCUGAACCCGAACAGGGCGCACAGUACCUUCAAAUCUAUUUUGUCGGUGAAGACGAACGAGAAGAUAUGCUACAUCAAGUGAACCCAUAUAUAAAAGAUCUGAAAAGUGCCAUCGACAAAAUAUCUCCUUCAGAGUCAUUUAAAGUUCAUCACAUUACUCCGGAUCAAAUCGACAAUGUUAUUUGUGCUGAAAUACCCGAUCCCAUACGUGACCCUCAGCUUCACGAAAUUGUUAAAUGUAAUAUGAUUCAUGGCCCUUGUGGCUGUUUUAAUCGAAAUUCACCAUGUAUGAAAGAUAACGCGUGCAGUAAACAUUACCCCGAGAAUCUCAUUAAGGAAACUCAAACUGGUGAUGACGGUUAUCCGAAGUACAAGAGACGUUCAACCGAUGACGGUGGAUUUUCCGUCAAUAUCAAAGGCGUAGAUAUAGAUAAUCAUUGGAUAGUUCCUUAUAAUCCAGUACUGUUAAGAACAUUUAACGCUCACGUCAAUGUGGAAUAUUGCAGUUCGGUGAAGUCCAUAAAAUAUGUGUGCAAAUACGUAAAUAAGGGCUCGAAUCAGGCUUCAUUUGCCUUAGAAAAUGAGAAAGACGAAAUAAAAACUUACGAAAGUGGACGAUAUAUAAGUUCAUCAGAAGCCGUGUGGCGAAUCCUUGAAUUUCCAAUUCAUGAGCGUUUCCCUACCGUUGUUUACCUUGCUGUCCAUUUAGAAAAUGGACAAAGGGUUUACUUUAAUAAACAAAACCUACAUGACAGAGUGAAUAGUCCUCCUACAACUACACUUCUCUCAUUUUUUGAUUUGUGUAAAGUGAACGACUUUGCAAAAAAUCUGCUUUACCCAGAAGUACCUGCAUACUACGUUUGGGACAAAAAAAAGUUCCAAAGAAGGAAGAGAGGAGUAAACGUUGUUGGCUGGCCAGAUAUCAAAAGAGAGCACGCUCUGGAUAGAGUUUAUACGGUUCAUCCAAACAAUACAGAAUGUUAUCACCUUCGUAUGCUUCUCCAUGAAAUCCGGGGCCCAAUUUCGUUUGAAGCGUUGAAAACUGUAAAUGGUCAAGUAUAUCCCACUUUUAAAUUCACGUGUAAGGCUCUAGGGUUACUUGAAGAUGAUGAAUAUUUGUACGCAGCACUAGAAGAGGCAGCACUUUGCCAAUCUCCGCAUAUGAUACGGGAUUUAUUUACGAUUAUAUUAGUGUUCUGCCAAGUAACAGAUCCUUUAUAUCUUUGGGACAAAUUCAAAGAAUACCUAUCUGAAGAUUUUAAAAUACGAUUAGAACGACAGGAUUCCGUGGAUGUAGAACACUUAGCGGACGUAGCGUUGAACAAAUGCUUAUCGGUAAUAGAAGAUUCCGUGUUAGCAUUAGGUGGUCAGCCACUUAAAGAAUAUGGCUUACCUCAGCCAAGCAAAUCUGAACAAUUUGAUAAUAGAGAGUAUCUCAAGGAAACAAGUUAUGACUUAGUAGCCUUAGAAGACGUCGUAAGAAACAAUGAAGAAUUUCUGAAUGACGAACAAAAAUGCUCCAGGUGGAACUGGAAAAACUUUCUUAAUCAAUUUGAUUUUAGCGAAUUUAGAAGUACUCGCGACAUUGCCUUAGCUGUAGCAUCUUCUGGAAUCGCAGCAACACUGCUCGAGGGUGGUCGAACGGCCCAUGCUACCUUCAAAUUACCACUCAAUCUAACAGCUUCGGCCACUCCCUUUUGUAAUAUAUCAAAACAAAGUAAUUUUGCGGAAGUUUUAAAAGAUAUAAAAUUAAUAGUGUGGGACGAAAUUACAAUGGCGCAUAAGGGUGGUGUUGAGGCUUUAAAUAUAUCUCUAAAGGAUAUAAGGGAAAAUAAAAGGUUAAUGGAUGGUGUAACGGUUUUACUGGCUGGAGACUUUAGGCAGACUCUACCAGUAGUACCAAAAGGGACCAGAACUGAUGAAGUCAAGUCAUGUCUUAAAAGAUCUACUUUAUGGCCUAAGAUUAAUAUACUCAAACUGUCAAAAAAUAUGAGGGUACACUUGGGAAAGGAAAAGUUUGCUGGUGGAUUUUCAGAUCUUUUACUUGAAAUUGGCAAUGGUGAUUAUCCAUCGUUUGAUGAAAUGAUAACUAUCCCAGAAAAUUUGUGUACAGUUGUAACUACGGUUCAGGAUUUAAUAUCAAAAAUUUAUCCAGAUAUUGCUCAUAUUCAUGAUAAGCCUAUGGAAUGGUUGUGUGAACGUGCUAUACUCACUCCAAAAAAUGACCAAGCGGCGGUUAUCAAUGAUACACUGAUGAUGUCUUUUGAAGGGGAAGAAAAAGUAUAUAUUUCUAUAGAUACGGUGGUCAACAUGGACGAUGCAACUAAUUAUCCAGUUGAAUUUUUAAAUUCAUUGAAACCACCGGGCAUGCCAUAUCAUAGGCUUAUUCUGCGUGUGGGCAUACCUAUUAUGUUGUUGCGAAAUUUGAAACCGCCUAAACUGUGCAACAGGACUAGGCUUAAAGUCAAAGCUUUACAUCGCAAUAUAGUAGAAGCCACAAUUUUAACAGGAUGUGCAAAAGGGGAAACUGUGUUUGUACCACGAAUCCCUUUAAUUCCGAAUGAUCAUCCGUUCGAAUUUAAACGAUUACUAUAA